UCUCGCUCUGUCACCCAGGCUGGAGUGCAGUGGUGUAAUCUCGGCUCACCUCAACCUCUGCCUCCCAGGUUCAAGCGAUUCUCCUGCCUCAGCCUCCCAAGUAGCUGGGAUUACGGGCGCCUGCCACCACAGCCACCUACUUUUUCUAUUUUUAUUAGAGAUGGGGUUUCACCAUGUUGGUCAGUCUGGUCUUGAACUCCCAACCUCAGGUGAUCCACCCACCUCGGCCUCCCAAAGGGCUGGGAUUAUAGGCAUGAGCCACAGCGUCUGGCCACAAAUUAUUUUUUAAAGGCAAAUUUUAUGCGUAUUUUACCACAAUUAAAAGAUACAGAGCCAAAGAUAUGUACCUGAAGUAGAUGUAUACACACUGCAAGAUAAACAAAACUAACUCAGUGACACGCAAACAUGCCUCCCUCCCUCCCGGGAGCACUUCUACCACCCAGAUAAGACCCUGGUUGGUCCUCCCCUUCAAACAAAUCUGGUGAUAAGGCCCUAAUGAUGGCCCUGCCACCUUGGCUGCCCCCACAGCUCAUCACCCUCCCACGGUCUGGCUUUGUUUACUCAACCUUCUGCCCCUCUUGCAGCCUCCUCACCCCCAGGGAAGGGCCUCCUUGGAGUGCCCGGUGCUCCUGCACCUGGGAUGGGAUGGAGUGGGCCAUAACUCCUGACCUGUGGCUCCCCCAUGCUCCCCCAGGCCCUUCACUUAUAGGGUCCUUGAAGACACAGCCCUAGCCCCAUUCACCUUUGGUCCUAGGGCUCAGCUCAACUCCGGAACCUCUAAAUCCCACCCAGCUCCCUCCCACUAUAUGUGUGUCAAGUUCUUUGGACACAGAAGACCCUGUAUUCCGGACAUGAUCGCAGACCAGACAAACCAAGUGCGCUUAGUGCUAAACAGGCUGCGAGGCACGGCUUUAGGUCUUCUGCACUUCCCGCCGUCCUCGCUGGACCUCAUGCCUCCGUGGAAAGGUGGUGACCGCUUCUGCCUAGCCUGGCUCCCCAGCUGCAGCUGCCACCUGCUCACCCCCUUCCCCAGAACAAAGCUGCUCACCAUCCUCUGAAGGACACACGGUACAUGCUCCAGGACUUUAAUCUUUGUUGGGGCAGAGGUCAGAAAUCUACCUGCCCUGUUUGCCUCCUGACCUUGCAAUGUGUCCGCCCAUUCUCUGAAACAACCUUCCAACCAUUUUCAUACUCAGCCCUGGAGGAGGGGAAGAAGGCUGGGGUCUGGCCACCACCAGGCCAAGAACAUCCCUGGAGUUAAGGGUGUUGCAAGCACAGCCAUCUGGAACAGCAUGUUUCAGGGGUGGGCCUUAGCCCACUGCCCACAGUGCACUGGGCACUUGUUUAAAAACUCAGGAAUUUGAGGUUACAGUAAGCUAUGAUCACAUCACUGCUCUCUCUAGCCUGGGUGACAGAGCAAGAUCAUGUCUCAAUUAAAAAAGAAAAAUGGCCAGGUGUGGCGGCUCACACCUGUAAUCCCAGCACUUUGGGAGGCUGAGACAGGAGGAUUGCUUGAGGCCAGGAGUUCAAGAUCAGCCUGGGCAACAUAGUGAGAUCCCAUCUCUAAAAAAAUUUUAAAAGUAGCCGAGCAUGGUAACAUGCACCUGUAAUCUCAGCUACUCAGGAGACUGAGGUGGGAAGAUCGCUCGAGUCCAGAGAAACUGAGGCACAGCUGUAGUGAGCUGUUAUUGCGCCACUGCCCUCCAGACUGGGUGACAGAGCAAGACUCUAUCUCAAAAAGAAAAAGAAAAAAGACAAGCUCCAGAAGCCUACGGACACCUUCUGGAUGAGAAUUUCCAGGAGGGUGGGGCCCGGGGAUCUGCAUUUCAUCACCUCUCACCACCCCUGGGGUCAGGGUGAGAGCCACUGCUCUAGGUUCUUGAAGGACAGCUCCGAGCCGGGGUGGGAGAGAGCCAGGGGGCUGUGAGCACCACAGUUAAGAUGGUGGAGAGUGGCAGGACGAUUAUGGGAGCAAAAAGAGGGCUGGCUGGGGGACAGACCAGCGUUGAUGUCCUUGGAUAUUCCAUGUGACAGUCGUUCAGCUCUCACUUAGGGCCUUGCAGACUUGAGCCAGGGCACGUGCUAUCCACUAUGGUAUGUGUUGGGGGGGUCAUGGCCAGUCUCUACAUCGGCGUUUGGGUGAAGAGUUUAUGCAAGUGGAUGUGAUUACAAUGUGUGGUCGGUCUGUGUCAGCCCACACUCCAUGUCUGUGUAUCGGUCAGUUGUCAGUGUGUCCAUCUGCAUGGGUGUUCAUGUCUUUUCCUGGGUGUCUUGAGUCGCUCACCCACCUGCAGUGUGUGUGCGUGUGCGUGUGAGUGUGUGUUCCUGAGUCGCCUGGGCCCCUCUUGGCUGUAAUUCAACCUCUGUGGGUCCCGGGAAGUCAGCAUUUGGAGACUUGCUGGGAGCCUGGUGGGGAUGGGGCGGCAUUGCUGGGAGGAAGAGAGGGAGGCAGGAGUGUGCACCGAGGGCCUGGCACUGCCGCUUCCCUGGGCAGGCGAGUCCCAACACAGGCAGACAGGUGGGGCUGACCUGACAGGUUCCAGAGGCCAGGGGCAAUAGGGCGGAGCGUGGCUCUGAUUUAGGGUGGCAACAGUUUGGGGGCCCUGCCACACACACAGCGAGCGGGCGGGCAGAAGGCGGUUCUGCUGGUCUCCUCUUCCUGCCGCAGCCAGCCCAGCGUGCGGGCCAUGGGCCCUGCCGGCGGGUGAGGCAGCCGCGUGGCAGGCAUGUUCGGAGGCCCGGGACCUGGGGUCCUGGGAGCCCAGGGCAUGGCGGGACCCCUGCGGGGCCGGGUGGAAGAGCUGAAGCUGCCGUGGUGGCGGGAGAGCUCACCGCUGGUGCUGCGGCACAGCGAGGCGGCUCGGCUGGCGGCCGACGCCCUCCUGGAGCGGGGUGAGGCUGCCUACCUGCGGGUCAUCUCCGAGGAGCGGGAGCUGCCCUUCCUGAGCGCCCUGGAUGUGGACUACAUGACCAGCCAUGUGCGCGGGGGCCCUGAGCUCAGCGAGGCCCAGGGGCAGGAGGCCUCCGGGCCAGACCGCCUCAGCCUGCUCUCUGAAGUCACCUCAGGGACUUACUUCCCCAUGGCCUCUGACAUAGACCCCCCAGACCUGGACCUGGGCUGGCCCGAGGUGCCACAGGCCACAGGCUUCAGCCCCACCCAGGCUGUGGUCCACUUCCAGAGGGACAAGGCCAAGAACAUCAAGGACCUGCUGCGCUUCCUUUUCAGCCAGGCCCGCACGGUGGUGGCUGUGGUGAUGGACAUAUUCACUGACAUGGAGCUUCUGUGUGACCUCAUGGAGGCCUCAAGCCGGCGUGGUGUCCCUGUGUACCUGCUCCUUGCCCAGGAGCACCUGAGGCACUUCCUGGAGAUGUGCUACAAGAUGGACCUCAAUGGGGAGCACCUGCCGAACAUGCGUGUGCGGAGCACGUGUGGGGACACAUACUGCAGCAAGGCUGGCCGCCGCUUCACGGGGCAGGCCCUGGAGAAGUUCGUCCUCAUCGACUGUGAGCAAGUGGUGGCGGGCAGUUACAGCUUCACCUGGCUUUGCAGCCAGGCCCACACUAGCAUGGUGCUGCAGCUGAGGGGCCGCAUCGUGGAAGACUUUGACCGGGAGUUCCGCUGUCUGUACGCUGAGUCGCAGCCUGUGGAGGGCUUCUGUGGCGGUGAGGACCCGCUGUCUCCCCGGGCACUGCGUCCUCCCCCUGUGGCCCUAGCCUUCAGGCCUGACGUCCCAAGCCCCACGUCGUCCCCGCCCUCCAGCACCAGCCUCAGCAGCAUCAAGCAGUCACCACUUAUGGGUCGCUCCUCCUACCUCGCUCUACCAGGAGGUGGUGAUUGCAGUGACACGGGUGUGGUGUCCUCGUCCCUGGGUCCUGCCCGCCGUGAGGCCAGUGGCCAGCCCUCCCUACAUCGCCAACUAUCAGACCCUAACCACGGCUCCCCUCCUGGGCUCUAUAGGGCCAACCUCGGCAAGCUAGGGGCAUACCCAUGGUCCCAGUCCUCCCCUGCCCUCAACCAUAAUAGUACCAGCCCCUUAACCUUGGCAGUGGGGUCACCUCUGCUUCCUCGCUCCCGGCCCCUCCUCCAGUUCCAUCGGGGUGCCCCAGCUCUGUCCCGGUUCCCAGAGAAUGGGCUCCCAGGAAGCCAAGAGCCCAGCCCCCUGCGGGGUCGAUGGGUACCUGGCACAACCCUGGAGACAGUGGAGGAGAAGGAGAAGAAGGCAUCUCCAAGUCAGAGCCGUGGCCAGCUGGAUCUCCUUGUCCCCUUCCCCAGAGCCCGAGAAGUUGGAGACCCUGGCUCUGGGGUUACCCCCAACUCAGGCCCCCUUUGGCCUGGCGAGCAGGCCCCAGAGGACAGGAGGUUGUCCCCAAGCCAGGCCGACAGCCAGCUGGAUCUCCUGUCCCGAGCCCUGGGUACUGGGGGUGCCCCUGAGUUGGGUUCCCUCAGACCUGGUGAUCGGGCCCUGGAGGACAGGAGGCUGUCCCUAAACCAAAGCCAUGGCCAAUCAGACCUCCUGAUGCAGUACCCCAAGGCCCAGGGCUCCAGAGUGCCCCUUGAAACCAACUCCUCAGCCAGACCUGCCAGACAGGCACCAGAUGAGCGGCGGCAGACCCUGGGGCACAGCCAGCUGGACCUCAUCACAAAGUUCGGCCCAUUCCGUGGUGAGGGGCCUGGGCCCAAUGGUCUCCCGAUAUCAAGCCCUGCUCGCACGGCUGGAGCUGGGUCUGGGGAUGAGAAACGGCUAACUCUGGGCCACAGCAAGCUGGACCUCAUCACCAAGUAUCAUCAGUUGCACAGGGCCAGGCAGGGAACUGAGCCUGGGGGUCCCAAGGGUGGCCAUCUCAAUGGUGGUAACAGUGACCUGGUCAGGGAUGAGAAACGGCUGACCCUGGGUCACAGCAAACUGGACCUCAUCACUAAGUACAACAAGUCCAAGUUCAAGCAGCUCCGAAGCCGCUUUGAGUCCUAGCCAAAGGACUGGCUUCAGGGGUGCACUGGCAAGGGCAGGCCCCUCCUCUGUCCACCGAGACUCUGGACUUGCUCAGGUCCCAGAUUGGGGAAGGGAGGUGUCUAGAAACCCAGGUCAGACACACUCUCUGGGCUGAAGAUUCUUGUGUAUACACACACACACACACACACACCCCAACCAGUAUCUUCUUGAAUCUAGGCUGUGUUUCCAGCCCUGUGCUGGGCCUGUAGAGCUGACAGGUGGGUCACACUCAGACCUGGGGACAGAGGUGAAAUGCACAAGCUGCUGGAGAAGGGGUCAGAGCCAUAUCAAGUUAAAGGUUAACCAGUUACAGAGGGUGUUAGAAAACAAAGGGCAGAGAGUCCUGGAGAAGGUGGAGUAGUCAGAAAACUUUCUUAGAGGAGAUGGAGGUGGCCUUUGAGCCAGGCCCUGAAGGAUGGGGAGGUUUUGGACAGAGGGAGGAGAGAGUUAGAAAAAUUUUUGGUAGAGGGAAUCAGGUGAAGAGAUGCCCUAAAGAGGACUGAGUGGGUCUGAGGUGAACGAGUGAGGAACAGCAGAGUAUGUGGAUACCCGGAAACACACACACACAUCAUCAUCAUUAUCAUCAUCAUCAUUGUCGUCGUCAUCAUCUUGCUGAGUCAUCAUCAUCAUCAUCAUCAUCGUCGUCGUCAUCUUGCUGAGUGUCUCUUGAAGUACAGGCUGUGACAGGUUGUGGGCCAUUUUCCUGAACUCACCACUUACCCGGGAUAGUAAACAUGAUACACAUCAAUAAAGGCAGACUUUAUUGUGA